AUGCCUUCGAAUAAGAAGAAGCCGACCACUGAGCCCUCCCCCCUCUCCUCCACCGCAAUAGCAGCCUUCCAAACCUCCUGGCCAAUCUACCACUCGCAAUGCCACCCGCUCAUUGAUCCCCUUCUCCGCUACAUAACCGACUUCUUCCCGCUGAGCCUCAACCGCCCAUUCUCCUGGUUCUACGCCGACACCCCGCACCGCCGCCGCCUGCUCAACGCUCUCAUCUACAGACUGCAAACGGGUCUCCGCGAGAGCAAGACCUGCGCGUUCCGAUUCGAUAAUGACUGGGACCACGAUGUCUUUGUGCAUGUGCUCGCGUGGUGGUUCAACGACCCUGCUGCGGUGGAGGUGCGUGAAGUUGUGGAGAAAGGAGUCCAUGCGGGGAAGGUCGAUGUGGAGGUCUUUGAUAACGGGGUGAGCUAUAAACCUCAAAGGGUUACCCACUGUUUUGAGCGAGCGUCUCCUCAGUUUCCGAUCCCCGGCGUGCCGAUGAAGAUGGUGGAUUAUUUGCCCGGGUCGUUCUAUGAGGAGGUGGGUGGGGGUGCGAGGAAGGAGUUUCUGAAGGCGAAUAGAAAAAGGGGAAGGCUUAGUCGACGGAGAGAGUUGGAACUAGAGGCGAUGGACACGAUGGAGUUUAUCGGUAUGCUCAAGGCCAUGGAGUUUGAUUGGGAGGAUCUCGAAGAACUGCUGGACUGUGACGAGUGA